UCAUAAACUCAAAUCAAUUUCUUCCAAAAGCUUACUUUUUUUUUUUAUAAUAUUUUCUAAAAUGGCUAAGAAUGUGAGUUUAGAUUCAAUAGACCAAAAAUUAGCACUUGCUAAACGUUGUUCUCAUGAAGGAGCUAAAGCAGGUGCAAAAGCAGCAGUUGUUGCAACAGUUGCUACUGCUAUUCCUACUUAUGCUUGUGGAAAGAUGUUACCAUGGGCAAGAGCAAAUCUCAAUCCAACUGGUAAAGCCCUCAUCGUCUCCACAGUUGCUGGGAUGACAUACUUUAUUGUGGCAGACAAGACAAUUCUGAAAACAGCAAGGCGAAACUCCUUCAACAAAGAAGGCAACAACUAAUGAAGCAAUAAUCAAGCCUUUUUAAUUAGGCACUAAUUAAGUUUUAUUAUGGUAAUCGACAAUAUUACUGCUUUUAAGUACAAUAAGUAGGGUAGUAGGUGGAGUACUACUCACAUUAUGAGGUUAAUUAAUUAGUAGAAACCUCUAAGAAUGUGAUUUUUUGUCUAAUGUAAUAGCACCAUCUACAUUA